GUACACACUUGCUUCCCUUAGAACCGCUUUACAGAGGCAGGAACUCUGGCUCAGUGCAGAUGCAACACUUGCCCAAGCCUGGUCUAUUUGAUUCAGAAGCCAGGGUCAUCAUCUAUCAGACAUUUUGUCCGCGUUCACUGGGGAGAGCUCACCGGCUUCUCUGUAGGGGUCCCGCCUAUGUAGCGACAGCGACUUCUUGGUCUCUUCAGAGAGACAAGUCCUGGCUAUCAUUGUGGGCGAGUGAGGGGCAGGCUGGGCUCGUGCCAUGUAAAGAGUGGGGACAGAGGCUGGUGUGUGUCCACCAGGGCUGCGGCGGGCACCGCCCGCACUUUGGAGGGUGCGGGGUCCUGGGAGAGUUUGCGGGGGAGGUGCACGGGGCGCCCUCGCUCGGCCGCACAGGUGUGCCGGGUGCCAUGGAGACGGCGCGGCGCCAGCCCCCUCCUUCCCUCCGGUCCAGGAGGCGCGGGGCGGGCAGCAGAGUCCGGCGGACCGCGGCGCUGGGAGGGCGCUGCACCCUGCACCCCAGGGAGUGAGCGCUUCCUGCCCGCCUGCGAGCGUCCGGUGAAGCGGGGACGAAGGGUAGCCCACCCAGACCCCAGACCCUUCCUGGACCCAACACAUCCAUUGGAAGGUGCCUGCCUCCUUUGGAGAGUUGUCCCGGAGCAGACAGUAUGGAGGCGGAACCCUCCCAGCCUCCCAACGGCAGCUGGCCCCCGAGUCUGAACGAGAGUGAUGCUGAAACCGCCCCGGUGGCCAGCCUCACCUUCUCUUCCUACUACCAGCACUCCUCUCCGGUGGCCGCCAUGUUCAUCGCCGCCUACGCGCUCAUCUUCCUCCUCUGCAUGGUGGGCAACACCCUGGUCUGCUUCAUCGUGCUUAAGAACCGGCACAUGCGCACUGUCACCAACAUGUUCAUCCUCAACCUGGCCGUCAGCGACCUGCUGGUGGGCAUCUUCUGCAUGCCCACAACCCUCGUGGACAACCUUAUCACCGGAGUUUGAACCAUAAUUCCAAGAAACACAACUGAAAUGCUCAAAUCUUGAAUGGUGGAGCCAGGUGUGAUAAUCUGAAUGAACUCAAGAGGCCAGCCUGGGGUUAUGCAGUGAAACUGAAUCUCAAACAGAAAACAAGCAUCAAUCACAAGGUCAUGACAAUAACAGCAAUGGAACAGGCCACUUCAGAGGCUGCUUUAACUAUAAAGUAGGCGACAAUAGCUUGUAUUGCUGCAAGCAUAAACACUCAGGUUGGCCUUUUGACAAUGCCACAUGCAAGAUGAGCGGCUUGGUACAGGGCAUGUCCGUGUCUGCGUCGGUUUUCACACUGGUGGCCAUUGCCGUGGAGAGGUUCCGCUGCAUCGUACACCCUUUCCGUGAGAAGCUGACCCUCCGGAAGGCGCUGCUCACCAUAGCGGUGAUCUGGGCGCUGGCGCUGCUCAUCAUGUGUCCCUCGGCGGUCACUCUGACCGUCACGCGAGAGGAGCAUCACUUCAUGCUGGAUGCUCGCAACCGCUCCUACCCUCUCUACUCGUGCUGGGAGGCCUGGCCCGAGAAGGGCAUGCGCAAGGUCUACACCGCCGUGCUCUUCGCGCACAUCUAUCUGGCGCCGCUGGCGCUCAUCGUGGUGAUGUACGCGCGCAUCGCGCGCAAGCUGUGCCAGGCCCCCGGUCCAGCGCGCGACGCGGAGGAGGCGGUGGCCGAGGGUGGCCGCGCGUCGCGCCGCAGGGCCCGCGUGGUGCAUAUGCUGGUCAUGGUGGCGCUCUUCUUCACCUUGUCCUGGCUGCCACUCUGGGUGCUGCUGCUGCUCAUCGACUACGGGGAGCUGAGCGAGCUGCAGCUGCACUUGCUGUCCGUCUACGCCUUCCCGUUGGCACACUGGCUGGCCUUCUUCCACAGCAGCGCCAACCCCAUUAUCUACGGCUACUUCAACGAGAACUUCCGCCGCGGCUUCCAGGCUGCCUUCCGGGCACAGCUCUGCUGGCUUCCCUGGGCCGCCCACAAGCAAGCCUACUCCGAGCGGCCUGGCCGCCUCCUGCGCAGGCGGGUGGUGGUGGACGUGCAACCCAGCGACUCAGGGCUGCCAUCGGAGUCUGGCCCCAGCAGUGGGGUCCCAGGGCCUAACCGGCUGCCAUUGCGCAAUGGGCGUGUGGCCCACCAGGAUGGCCCGAGGGAAGGGCCUGGCUGCAACCACAUGCCCCUCACUAUCCCAGCCUGGAACAUUUGAGGUGGUCCAGAGAGGGAACGUCCUGUAGGCCUGUGGCCCUGACCCUUAACUAUGAUGCCUGGGCACAAUAGCAGUAUUAGAAGAGGGUGCCGAGAUGCCUCCUUGAUAAAAAAAAAAAAAAAAAAAAAAAAAAAAAAACGAGACAGUGAGGCAUUGAGACCCAGGGAGAGGUGACAAGGUCUCACCGUUGGGAAUCCUACUUGACCCAGACUCCAGUAAGUCUCCCCAGGAAAAUGUGUCACUAGGUGGUUAGGAAGAGGUGACCACUUCUACACACUGAGCACCUGUGACCGAGUCCCCUGUGCUGUGUUGCUGAGAGAGCUCCCCUUGGCCCUUUCCUGGGAAACAUCCAAGCUCUCCGCUUGCCAGGGCCAGUGUUUGAGUUGUUUUAUUCCAGGAAGUGCCAUACCCACUUCAGCAUGUCACAACUGAGCAGCUCCAAGAAGAACCCUAGGGAGCCCAUUUAAAUGGCACUGGGUUGAGCCUAAGGGAGACUCCCCCCCCCCCCCCCAGAGCCAAGCAGAGCUUCCAACAGUACCAAGAGCUCAUGGGUGGCAGGCAAGGGGAAAAGGAAGACAGCAAUGCCAACUCUCCCCUCAGGAAAUAUCUUAGUGGGCCAGUGAGCAUGAACCUUUGUCGGGGCAUUUCUUCUUUGUUUACUGGGAAGGAGAAGGUGGUCAGUCGGGAUGUGGUGAGGCCCCAGCACGACACAGACAAACUCUUCCACCGUGUGUGACUUAUGAACCCUGAACGCAGAGGAGAGUAGGAGAGCCUGCAUGCACGACAGCGCUCACCCACGAUGCCUGCCAUCAUCUUGACAGAUGCAUGCACCCCAGCUCUCACCCGGUAUAUCUGCCGUCAGACGCACAGCUCUCAUCGUACAGUCACCUUGGCAGAGCACAGCUUCUCCCCAGGAGGUGAGGAAAUGGCUUGCCCCUGCCGGUUUCUCCUGCCACUUCAAUCAUGUGCACUUAACUGGACACAUUCUCGCUUCCAUUACCACAGUGGCCAGAAAUUUUAGGAAUUUAAAAAAAGGGGCGGGGGACAUUUCAAGGGUCCAGGGCUCUGAGCUCCUGUUGAUUUCUUAACACGCUCUGGCUGGCCCUUUGCUGUUCCCAGGUCUGUCCUAAGCAAUGUCUAUAGCAGCAGAAGAAAUGGCCUCACGGUUGGUUGUACACGUCCAAGCAGGUCUCUGAACACUGUCAUCUGACUCAUAAAAUGUUCUGGCUGUUUCACAGAGCAACCGAGGCCCAGUAGGACCAGGGUCACAGGGCCACAGACAGCAAUGUUUGGAUUAGGCUUGCCUUAGAUAGCUUGAACCAACCAUAUCCUGCCUUUCAGAGAAGGUAGGCAUGGCAGGGGGGAGCGCCGGAUGAGAAGGAACUCCAAGGAAUGACUCCAAGUUCUGGGGCUGGGGCAGGAAACCAUCUGCAUUAUGUUGGCCUUGUGACCUCCAGCCAGAGCUGUUCUGAACUCGAUUCCUAUGCUGAGGAAGCUGUCAAGCUCCCUCCAGGUGCUGUGUAGUCUGCGAGGAGGCUGGGAGUGAUUGGUGUAGUCAGGCCAGAUGUGGCCUGAACUGGUCCUCUGCAAGGCCCUCUAAGUUGGUGCUGUCUUAGUAUCACAUGCACGAUACAGUGGCCUGAGACUUGCUGGCUGUUUACCGAGAAGGCUUGUGACUCCCGGGCUCUAAAAUUAGGCCACAGCAAGGACAGUGUCAACCCUGUCCCUGAGACUCCUGGGGACUGUGGGAGUUACAGUCUGCUCUCUGCUCUGGCCUUCAGCAUGGCCUCUUAGAGACAAAAUCACAGCUCUCCUCAGAAAUCCUGUCCACCAAGGCCUCUGCUUCAGUUUCCCCAAACGCCUUGCUUUGAGAGGCCAUGGUUGGCAAAAAGCAGGGCACCUGACACAGGUGGCCAUCCCUGUGAAUCAUCCUUGUCCUUACUUGAGUAGGAGCAGAAGUGGCACCUGCCUGCCCAUGGGCUUGGUCUGAGUACUGACAAGAACAUCACAAUGCUAUAGAAAAGCCAGCAGUGGGGCUGGAGAGAUGGCUCGGCGGUUAAGAACACUGACUGCUCUUCUGGAGGUUCUGAGCUCCAAUUCCAGCAACUACAUGGUAGCUCAUAACCAUCUGUAUAGCUACAGUGUACUCAUACACAAAAAAAUAAGUAAAUAAACCUUUUAAAAAUGAAAGAAAGAAAGAAAAAAGAAGAGCCAGAAGCGUGUGAAUGCUGGGGUCUUGUUUCUUCGUACAUGUGUUAGAAUACAUCCAAUGUUCAAACUUCCCAUUAGCCCUUUUGAAGUGUACAUACAGGGCUGGAGAAAUGGCUCAAUGGUUAAGAGUACUGACUGCUCUUCUGAAGGUCCUGAGUUCAAAUCCCAGCAACCACAUGGUGGCUCACAACCAUCUGUAAUGGGAUCUUAUGCCCUCUUCAGGUGUGUCUGAAGACAGCGACAGAGUACCCACAUACAUGAAAUAAAUAAACAAAUCUUUUUUUUUUAAGUGUACAUACAGUUCAGGGGCACUGAGUAUUCAUGUUGCAAUGUAACCAGCACCCUUUCUAGCACUGUAUUAGCCUAAAUGGAAACUAUGGACCCAUUGACACCAGCUCCCCAUCCCUGCUCCUCCCAGCCACUGUCCUUUCACUUUGAUUUUGACACUCUUGUGAGUCCCUGCAAAUGAAACCACUCAGCAUCUUUCCUUUUGUGGCUCUUGCAACACACGAACACCUUUCAAGUUCCACUCAUGCUGUUGCAUGGAUCAGAAUUCCUUUCCUUCUGUGGCUAGACACACUAUUCCAUGUCUAUCUGAUAUCUUCCUUCUCUGGCAGUGUGUUCUUGUUUCUGGUUCAGCUGUUACAAGUCACUAUGUAUGCAUGGGGGGGGUGAGUGGGAGGGUGUUAGAUAAUAAACCCAAGUCUUGAAAAUAAUACCCGUGUGAGCCCCAAGGAUGGAGACUCCCAACAAGUCUCUUAACUUGGCGUUUAGGGGUAACUGAGCCUGUGCUCAACCCAGCUGCUCUGUGUUCUUCUGUGUUCCUUCUUGGCUGGAGAAUAAAAAAUGAUGUGUUCUGUUCACAGGA